AUGUCGGCAUCGCAGCCUAUCAGCUCUACGACUCCUGCGGACGUACUCAAGCAGAUUGAGAAGGAUGUGCAGAAGAACGAGAAGUCCGAGCAGAAGGCGGUCAAGCACGCGAUGAAGGAUCUCGCUCACCUUGAGAAAGAGGUGACCAAAUCUUCCAAGACGUCGGAUAAGGCGAGCCAUACGCUCGCCAAGACGGAGAAGAAGGAGACCGCCGCGGAGAAGGCGAUCGCCAAAGCCAAACACCAGCACGACGUCGCUGUCAACAACGUUAACAAGGCGCAGCAGGAGCUGAAGAUCAAGCAGCAGCGCGAGGAGACUCUGCACCACAAGCUCGAGAGCAAGAAGGCGGAGACGGACCAAGUUCUCGCUACCGCUGACCAGCACCACCGCGAAAGAGAGGCCAGACUUGCUCAAGUCCACUCCGCGAGAGCUGGCGACCCUCCGCCGAGCUCCGGCGCUGCUUAA